GUCGAAGAUGCGUACACUUAGCUCCAGUUUCAUACCCCCUGCCCGGAGAGAUCGAGGCAGACGGGGCUUAUAUCGAUUCACUCGGUCGAUGUACGAACCACUGACCGUUACUUCAGCAAUACCUAACUUUACGAUCAAUCUGGGCAGUACCGAGCCGCAGCACAUCUCUUCGUCUGACGAGACAAUGUCAGGACGUUCCUCUCCUAUCACUUCAUACGACGAUGACGACCUAGGCGAUGACAAGGAUGGCGAAGAGGACAGUGGAUCGACGACUCCACAUCAGGACCGCCUAGCAGACGAGUAUAUUCGUGCCUUCUUGUCGCAGCCGGCUUCACCCAGCAUAGCCUACAAGAGAUGUUUGUGGGAAAGCGACAAUUCUACAGCCGGACACACACCACCGCCUGAACGUAACCUACCUGGCGUUCAACGAAUGCUGAGUGGACUUCAAAUGACAACCUUGAAUGCACGUUCAAUUGAUGCGAAAUUUGAAGCGACGAAACAUCGCGACACUUGAUGAGAUAUAUAGUGACGAUAAUGCAUUGGGAGAUGAUCAGAAACUGUAGAGGGCGCUAUAGACUUAGAGCAUAGCGAUUUGGCCGCGGGCAUGGUUUGGACUUUGGAUGCGGAGGUGGAGUUUUAUACCCGAGAUUGGGACUGGGCUCUGGAGCGCAAGUAGAUGAGUUUGCUCUUGGAGCGUUUGACUAGGAUAUACCUACAUAUAUCCCACAAGACCGUCAGCCUAUG